GCUGAUUGGACUGCGUUGGCCUCGCUCGGGUUGGCGGGAGGUCUCGGGGCCCGCGGUGCCGCGGUGGAGCGAACUGCGAGUAACCGUCUGAAGCGUAGGGCGUCUGUGAAAGGCUGGCCGCCGGUCCGGCCCUCGCUCACCAGGCUCAGGUUUCCGCAGGAAUCGUGGGAAACCAAAAUGAGACAUAAUCAGCUGUGUUGUGAGACACCACCUACUGUCACUGUACAUGUAAAAUCAGGGUCAAAUAGAUUGCAUCAGCCUAAAAAACCCAUUACCCUGAAGCGUCCUAUUUUCAAAGAUAGUUGGCCAGCAUCUGAAAAAAAUGCACAUAAUAGCAACAAGUCUAAACGCCCCAAAGGACCCUGUCUAGUUAUACAGCGUCAGGAAAUGACUGCUUUCUUUAAAUUAUUUGAUGACGAUUUAAUUCAGGAUUUCUUGUGGAUGGACUGCUGCUGUAAAAUUGCAGACAAGUAUCUUUUGGCUAUGACCUUUGUUUAUUUCAAGAGAGCUAAAUUUACUGUAAAUGAGCAUACCAGGAUAAAUUUCUUUAUUGCUCUGUAUCUCGCUAAUACAGUUGAAGAAGAUGAAGAAGAAUCCAAAUAUGAAAUUUUUCCAUGGGCUUUAGGGAAAAACUGGAGAAAAUUAUUCCCUGACUUCUUAAAAUUAAGGGACCAACUCUGGGAUAGAAUUGACUAUAGGGCUAUUGUAAGCAGGCGAUGCUGUGAGGAGGUUAUGGCCAUUGCUCCAACCCAUUAUAUAUGGCAACGAGAACGCUCUGUGCAUCACAGUGGAGCUGUUAGAAACUACAACAGAGAUGAAGUUCAACUGCCCCGGGGACCUAGUGCCACACCGGUAGAUUGUUCACUAUGUGGUAAAAAAGGAAGAUAUGUUAGGCUGGGAUUGUCUUCAUCAUCAUCUUCAUCCAGUGAUACACUAGAGGUGGUGGAGAAACAUUCUCAGGAAUCACACAACUCAUUCUCAAUGGACAAAAUAGUUGAUACUUCUCAAGCUUAUAGCUAUUCUCAAGGUAUGAUUUAGCAAUAUGGCAGAUCUAUGCACCUUAGUAAUGAAUCGAAGUUAUCUAUUGACCUGUAUGUAGUCCUUGUAGGCAGCGGUACGUAAUAAUUUUAUACUAUAACAAUAUGAGUUAAUAUUGAAAAAUUUCCCCUUUUCAGUUGCUACUUUUUGUUUUGGUAUCUGUUUUGUGGUAGCUUACCUAAACUAAGAGAUUUUUAACAUGAAUUUGUUAAAUUAAAACCUAAUUCACCAUGGAUCCCAAGUGUUUUAAGAGCCUGAACCAUUUUCUUUGAAGUGUUUAUUUUAUUCAAAGCAAGUUUUAAGAAGAAAAUAAAUUUACUUCUAAUCUCACCAUCCA